UGAACACACAACACAAUUACACAACCUCUCAAUUUCCUCUCAAUAGUCAAUACUACUCUUUUAAGAGCAUACAAUGGCUUCGACGAUGACAAUGACGAUGACUAUGGAAGCCUGGCUUGCUCAACUGGAAAUGGAUCAAAUUCCUAUAGCUAGUUUUAUCGACAAAUACAAUAACUCAUCAUAUCAACCAUAUGAGCAAAGUUUAACAAUGGAAGGUUGUUGUUUUGAUGAAGAACUUGCUGCUACACUUGGGGAGGACUUCCCCUACUCUCUCUACGCUACGAGCGACGACACCGCCUCCUACUCUCCUCCGCCUCCGCUUUCGCCUCCGCCUCCGCCUUUGGGUGAUUUUGAUUGCAAUCUCAUUGAACAAUAUAUAUCAACUCCUCUUAUAUCUGAUUGUAGCGAUAACAACAAUAUGAAUAAUAUAAAUGAUGGCGAUAAUGUUGUUGUGAAAAAGAAGAAGGGAGCGUCGAAAAAGGGAGCGUCGAAAAUGGAAGCGUCGAUAAAGAAGCAUGUGGUCUUGAAGGAAGCGACGAGUGGAUAUACAAAGAGGAAACGGCCGCCAAGCCAAGUACAAGAUCACAUUUUGGCUGAGAGGAAGCGUCGGGAGUUACUCAGUCACUUGUUCAUUUCCCUUUCAGCAAUCGUUCCCGGCCUUAAAAAGAUCGACAAAACAUCGGUAUUAGGAGAGGCAAUCAAACAUAUGAAGCAACUUCAAGAGAAAGUAAAGGUACUCGAACAAGUAGCUGCUAAGAGGACUAUGGAGUCCGUAAUUGUUGUGAAAAAAUCUAAAGUAAUAAUGGUCGACGACAAUGGCAGUAGUGAUAAUUAUGGUAAUGUGGAUGACUAUUGUACAAGCGCCACUAGUGGAAGAAGCGGCAAUGGUGGUGGUGGUGGUGUUAGUGCUGGUGGUGGUGGUGGCGGCGAUGAUAAUGUUUCUUCGUUUCCGGAAAUUGAAGUUAAGAUAUGUGGCAACACCAUGCUUUUAAGAGUUUAUUGUGAACAACAGAAAGGGAUAUUGACCAAGUUAUUUGCAGAGGUGGACAACCAUGAUUUGAGGAUUACUAAUUCUAGUGUUAUACCAUUUGAGAAUUUUGCACUCGUUAUUACUAUUGUUGCACAGAUGGAAAUUGGCUUCAACAACAAAGUGAAAGAUUUUGUUAGAGCUCUUCGGAAUGCCCUUCGUUUAACGAGCUACCAACGCCAUGAAUCGAGUGAAGAUGAACAUUGAUCAUAGCUUGCACCUUCUUUUAGCUAGUUAAUUAGAGGAUCGAGUGAAGAUUUUGUGCUAGCUUGAAAUUAAAUAGGCUCAUUACUCAACUAAUUAUUUUUUUACUGAUAUUAAGCUAGUAAAAGCUUGGCAACGCCAACUACACAUUACUCUUUCGUUUUCUUUUUUGGACGUUUUUUUUUUGAAGGGAAUAGGAAAAUUAUCAUUAAUAAAUCGCC